AUGAUCAUCUCCAGCCACGUGGAGAACCCCUGUGCGCUGGCUGACAGCCAGCUGUGCCCCCAGGGGCAGCCCGUACCUGCUGCCCACCCUGUGCAAACACCAGGCGAGUUCGGGAGAUGGGAAGUCUCCAGCCCUUGUGUGUUUGAAAAUCUCGCGGAGGACCCACGUAUACAGGCUCCCGGGCCAGAGAAGUUCAAUGUUAAAAAGUCCACGGAGCCUGUCCAGCCCCGAGCCCUCCUCAAGUUCCCAGACAUCUACGGACCCAGGCCGGUUGUGACAGCCCCAGAAGUCAUCAACUAUGCAGACUACACCCUGAGGACCACGGAGGAGCCUGCUGCACCUGCCAGCCCCCAGGCCCCGAAUGACAGCCGUCUCAAGAAGCAGGUCACAGAGGAGCUGUUCAUCCUUCCUCAGAACGGUGUGGUGGAGGAUGUGUGUGUCAUGGAGGCCUGGAACCCGGAGAAGGCCGCCAGUUGGAACCAAGCCCCCAAACUUCACUACCGCGUGGACUAUGACCAGCAGAAGGCAGAACUGUUUGUGACUCGUCUGGAAGCUGUGACCAGCGACCACGACGGAGGCUGUGACUGCUACGUCCAAGGCAGCGUGGCCAACAGGACCGGCACGGUGGAGGCCCAGACGGCCCUGAAGAAGCGGCGGCGGCACACCACCUGGGAGGAAGGCCUGGCGCUCCCCCUGGCGGAGGAGGAGCUCCCCACAGCCACGCUGCUGCUGACCCUGCGGACCUGCGACCGCUUCUCCCGCCACAGCGUGCUCGGGGAGCUCCGCCUGGGCCUGGACGGGGGGUCUGUGGCUCUGGGGGCCGCCCAGUGGGGUGAGCUGAAGACUUCCGUUAAGCCUCUGAAACUUGAUAAAAAUUGA